CGGACAAGAAAUCAACGCGUUCUUUGCACUUGUUGACCAAAAACCUCCCUAACAGAAUCGUUCGAUAAAUUUCUGACAUUUGUUUAUUCCCUUCACAAUGGUCGCAGAUGGUAGCGGAACUUUACGACAACGGAACACCUCCAACAGUUCGCCAAAGAGUGCGGACGGUAUUAUCAAAGUCUCCGAAGAGGGGAAGAAAAUUGACCAGAGGCUGGACCAGCAUGAGACGUAUGAGUUCGGUGGAUCUCUGGGUGUCACGGCCAUUAUGACUGGAUUCCCAUUACUCAUGUAUUAUCUCUGGAUUUGUUUGUGGUUCUACGACGGAAAACUUGUCCAUCCUACCUCUCUUGAUGACGUCAAGCCUUUUUUGCUCAGAAUGUGGGGCCAUGUUUGCACUGAUGCAAGCCCCAAUGCUUAUGCAUGGAAAGUCUAUUCCGCAAACAUAUUUUUCCAACUCUUCUUAGCUUGGGUCAUGCCCGGCUUCCAACAGGAAGGGCUUCCUGUACCUUCAUUGGGCUACAGGACACUCAUGUACAACUGUAAUGCGCUAUACUCGCUCUACGCGACCAUGGCGACUGCUGCCGUGCUUCAUUACACCGGCACAUUCCGUCUGACUGAAAUCAUUGACAACUAUGGACAUCUCAUGAGCGUUGCCAUGAUCUGGGGUUUCGGCGUGUCGUUCGGGAUGUACUUUAUUGCUGUUGCUACUGGCACACAGAUACGGAUGUCCGGCAGUUUCGUCUACGACGUCUUCAUGGGCGCUUCACUAAACCCUCGGAUCGGUCCUAUCGAUUUGAAAAUGUGGGCUGAAGUUCGUAUUCCUUGGGUCAUUGUAUUCUUCUUGGCCGUGUCUGGUUGCUGUCAGCAGUACGAACAGUAUGGCUAUAUCACUCCUAACAUGGCGUUCAUGACCCUUGCAACGUGGUUAUACCUGAAUGCCUGUGCGAAAGGAGAGGAAUGUAUCCCCCAAACCUGGGAUAUGUAUCACGAAAAAUGGGGUUUUAUGGUCAUUUUCUGGAAUCUGGCUGGUGUCCCUUUUUCUUAUGUUUACUCCGUUGUAUACAUGGCCUCGCAUGACCCUUCAAAAUACAAGUUUUCGACACCAACGUAUGUUGUUCUGUUCACGACACUUCUAACGGCAUAUUAUAUCUGGGAUACUGCCAUGGCUCAAAAGAGUCAUUUCAAGAUGCAAACGCAAGGAAUUACGGAGUUCCGCUCAACAUUUCCUCAGCUUCCCUGGAAUACCGUUAAGAACCCCACUUUCAUCCAGACUGCACACGGAAACCGACUUCUCACCAGUGGAUGGUGGGCAUACUCACGAAAACCUAACUAUGUGGCAGACUGGACAAUGAGUUUCACUUGGGGAGCAGUUAUCGGACUGGCUACGCCUAUCCCUUACUUCUAUUCGGUGUUUUUCAUCACUGUUCUGAUACAUCGCUGCAGCCGUGACUUUGAACGGUGUUCUAUCAAAUACGGAAAAGACUGGGAGCGCUACUGCUCUGUCGUCAAGUACAAAUUUAUUCCAGGCAUUUAUUAGAUAUAUAUCACUUACUCACACCAGUUUUCCUAUUGAUAUAUGUCAUGGCCAGACAUUGGUAAAUUGAAGCAUGCACUUCACGCCA